AUGCCCGGCGUGGCCCGCCCGCCGCUGCCACUCGCGCUGCUGCUGUUGCUGCUGCUGCUCGCGCGCCCCGGCCGGCCGCUGGACUUGGCCGACUACACCUAUGACCUGGGGGAAGACGACGACCCGGAGCCUCUCAACUACAAAGACCCCUGCAAGGCGGCUGCCUUUCUCGGAGACAUUGCCCUGGAUGAGGAGGACCUGUGGGCCUUCCAGACACAGCGGGCUGCAAUUCUUACCCAGCGCUCGGCCCGCAGGGCAUCCCUUCCUUUUGCCCUUCCAGGAAACACUUCCACCACCGCCUGCCCGAGCCCUAGUGGUCAGUCCCCGAGGGAUACCCGUGGAAGAUGGAGAGGCCGGGGUCGGGGUCGGGGCCGGAGCCGGGGCCGGCGAGCAGCCACCUCCAGACCCGAGCGGGUGUGGCCCGACGGGGUCAUCCCCUUUGUCAUUGGGGGCAACUUCACUGGCAGCCAGCGGGCAGUGUUCCGGCAAGCCAUGAGACACUGGGAAAAACACACCUGUGUCACCUUUCUGGAACGCACUGAUGAAGACAGCUAUAUCGUGUUCACCUACCGGCCCUGCGGGUGCUGCUCCUACGUGGGCCGCCGUGGCGGGGGCCCCCAGGCCAUCUCCAUCGGCAAGAACUGCGACAAGUUCGGCAUCGUGGUCCACGAGCUGGGUCACGUCAUUGGCUUCUGGCAUGAGCACACGCGGCCCGAUCGGGACCGCCACGUGUCCAUCGUGAGGGAAAACAUCCAGCCAGGUCAGGAGUACAACUUCCUGAAGAUGGAGGUGCAGGAGGUGGAGUCCCUGGGGGAGACCUAUGACUUUGAUAGUAUCAUGCACUAUGCCCGCAACACAUUCUCCAGGGGUAUCUUCCUGGAUACCAUCGUGCCCAAGUACGAGGUGAAUGGGGUGAAGCCACCCAUCGGCCAGAGGACCCGGCUCAGCAAGGGGGACAUCGCGCAGGCCCGCAAGCUCUACAAGUGCCCAGCCUGCGGAGAGACCCUGCAGGACAGCACGGGUAACUUCUCCUCUCCUGAGUACCCCAACGGCUACUCGGCCCACAUGCACUGCAUCUGGCGCAUCUCGGUCACGCCGGGCGAGAAGAUUAUCCUGAACUUCACGUCCAUGGACCUGUACCGCAGCCGUCUGUGUUGGUAUGAUUACGUGGAGGUGCGCGAUGGUUUCUGGAGGAAGGCACCUCUUCGAGGUCGGUUCUGCGGGGGCAAGCUCCCCGAGCCCAUCGUGUCCACAGACAGCCGCCUUUGGGUGGAAUUCCGCAGCAGCAGUAACUGGGUUGGAAAGGGCUUCUUCGCAGUGUAUGAAGCCAUCUGCGGGGGAGACGUGAAGAAGGACAAUGGCCACAUCCAGUCGCCCAAUUACCCAGAUGACUACCGGCCCAGCAAGGUCUGCAUCUGGAGGAUCCAGGUGUCCGAGGGCUUCCACGUGGGCCUCACGUUCCAGUCCUUUGAGAUCGAGCGCCACGACAGCUGUGCUUACGACUACCUGGAGGUGCGUGACGGGCACAGCGAGAGCAGCAACCUCAUCGGGCGCUACUGCGGCUACGAGAAGCCGGAUGACAUCAAGAGCACGUCCAGCCGGCUCUGGCUCAAGUUCGUCUCCGACGGCUCCAUCAACAAAGCUGGAUUUGCUGUCAACUUCUUCAAAGAGGUGGACGAGUGCUCUCGGCCCAACCGCGGGGGCUGCGAGCAGCGAUGCCUCAACACCCUGGGCAGCUACAAGUGCAGUUGUGACCCCGGCUAUGAGCUGGCCCCGGACAAGCGCCGCUGUGAAGCUGCCUGUGGUGGAUUCCUCACCAAGCUGAACGGCUCCAUCACCAGCCCCGGCUGGCCCAAGGAAUACCCACCGAACAAAAACUGCAUCUGGCAGCUGGUGGCACCCACCCAGUACCGCAUCUCCCUGCAGUUCGACUUCUUUGAGACCGAGGGCAAUGAUGUGUGCAAGUACGACUUCGUGGAGGUACGCAGCGGCCUCACAGCUGACUCCAAGCUGCAUGGCAAGUUCUGUGGCUCCGAGAAGCCCGAGGUCAUCACCUCGCAGUACAACAACAUGCGUGUGGAGUUCAAGUCCGACAACACUGUGUCCAAGAAGGGCUUCAAGGCCCACUUCUUCUCAGACAAGGACGAAUGCUCCAAGGACAACGGCGGCUGCCAGCAAGACUGUGUCAACACGUUCGGCAGCUACGAGUGCCAGUGCCGCAGCGGCUUUGUCCUGCAUGACAACAGACAUGACUGCAAGGAAGCCGGUUGUGACCACAAGGUGACGUCUACCAGCGGGACCCUCACCAGCCCCAACUGGCCAGACAGAUACCCCAGCAAGAAGGAGUGUACCUGGGCCAUCUCCAGUACCCCCGGUCAUCGGGUCAAGCUGACCUUUGUGGAGAUGGACAUUGAGUCCCAGCCCGAAUGCGCCUAUGACCACUUGGAGGUGUUUGAUGGGCGUGAUGCCAAGGCCCCCGUCCUUGGCCGCUUCUGCGGCACCAAGAAGCCUGAGCCGGUGCUGGCCACAGGCAGCCGCAUGUUCCUACGUUUCUACUCCGACAACUCGGUGCAGCGGAAGGGCUUCCAAGCAUCCCACUCCACAGAGUGCGGGGGCCAGGUACGGGCUGACUUGAAGACCAAGGACCUGUACUCCCACGCCCAGUUCGGCGACAACAACUACCCCGGCGGUGUAGACUGUGAGUGGGUCAUCGUGGCCGAGGAGGGCUACGGUGUGGAGCUGGCCUUCCAGACCUUCGAGGUGGAAGAGGAGACCGACUGUGGCUACGACUACAUGGAGCUCUUCGACGGCUAUGACAGCACCGCCCCCAGGCUGGGGCGCUACUGCGGCUCCGGGCCCCCUGAGGAGGUAUACUCGGCUGGAGACUCAGUCCUGGUGAAAUUCCACUCGGACGACACCAUCACCAAAAAAGGCUUCCACCUGCGGUACACCAGCACCAAGUUCCAGGACACACUCCACAGCCGGAAGUGACCGCCGCUGCCCUUGGCCACCAGGGGGCCAGCAGACCAGGCGCCAGGACCUGCAGGUGCCGCUGUCCACCUCCUCCUCCUCCUCCUCGGAGGUGGGGGCCUGGGGAGACUGCACUCCUGCAUCAGCACUUCUCUGUGAUGCCGGUGGUGGCGGCAGCAACGGUGGCAGCAGUGGGCAGAGCGAGAGGGCAAGGGCCAGGAGGCCAAAGCUCUCCCUGAGACACUUGAAGGGACCAUUGCCCCUCUCUCCCCACCAGGGGGAGGGGCCCGUCAACAGUGCUGCCCCCCAGCCUGUCCAGCUCUAUGCUACCAUGACGGCGGAAUCUGCCUUGGAACGUGUGCUUCUCCCACCCUCUUCCUGGGCUUUGGGUCCUGACUCCCCACUCCCCACCCCCCUGUUUCCUGGGGGACCACAGGAGGGGAGGGAAGAGGAAGGCGAGGAGAAACCAGACGGAGGGUGUCUUUUGGGGUCCAGUGGCUAGCCAGUCAUACCCAGGGCACCCCAGCCAAUAA